UUCUGGUGACAUUCAUUGGAGUCCCAGCAGGCGAGUUUUUGGUUCGCAUGAAGGGAGAGGAUGGCAGCUCCACCUCCAGGUCCACAGCAACCAGCUUCCAGAGGCAGGCCUCCACUCAGAUCAAGACCUCCAGCAUCUCUGUUACUGCCCAAGCCAGCAACACCAACAUAGAACCAGGCUCUACCAUCUCCGUUCCUUUCACAGUCUCCUCAACCACCAACGGAGUUGUCAACGACUCUGCAACAGGGAUGUUCACAGUGCGAGCCAACAAUGACCGCAGCUAUACUUCAACCUCACCAAGCUCCAUCACCAUAGCAUCAGGUGAUGAAGGCACAGCCAACGGCACCGUGACCUUAACGGCACCGGCCAGUGCUGCAUCUGGAACAGACGUGACCCUUACCAUUGAGGCCGAAAAUGCAGCUGCCACUGACAUCAACUACACUGUCCUCAGGUUUUCUGUGGUGGCCAAGGUGACAGAUAUUACCCGUCCAGUGUGCCAGACAGUCAGUUCUUCCUCCAAUUGUCCAUCCUCUUCAUCACUGUGUGCUUCCUCACAGUGGACAUUCAUUGCGAAUCUCACGGAUGGCAUCAAUGGAACCGGUAUUGAGAGCAUCACCAUCCGCAAAGGGAACGGUACCCUCAAUACCAGCACAGUGGCUGAGGCUGGAGGGGCCGACGUUACAGUCGCUACAUACAGUGCCUCCUGCUGUUCACAGAAUGUAGAGCUGGCUGCCGUGGACAACGUUGGAAAUGUGGGGAAAUGUGCAGGACAGGCUACACAAACGACAGUUGCCACUACACUUACAGCUAUUACAGCUAUCACAGCUGCAGUGAACACAACAUCCACUGGAGGGCACACCUUGAGCAUAUCACACUGUCUCUGGAUCAGUGUUGUGGUUUCUCUCCUAUGGAAGUAAAAGGGAUGAAUUAAAAAAAUACACUGUAAUUAUAGAUCAAUGAUGUCCAAUGGAUUAUGAAGGGAAUCACAUGA